AUGUCGAAUCCGGGUGACUACACUGUUGGUUGGAUAUGCGCUUUAGGGACCGAGUAUGUUGCCGCACAAGAGCUUCUAGACGACGAACACAACCCACCAGACUUUAUAUCUACGAACGAUACUAAUGACUAUACACUGGGAAGACUUGGGAAGCAUAACGUGGUCAUCGCUGUGCUGCCGGAUGGUGAGUAUGGAACGUCUUCUGCAGCUAAUGUAGCGACGCAUAUGCUCCACAGCUUUCCCAAUGUUAGGAUAGGUCUGAUGGUUGGUAUUGGUGGCGGCGCACCAAGUUCAAAGCACGAUAUUCGCCUGGGUGAUAUUGUGGUCAGCGCACCUCGCGACGGUGAGAGCGGAGUAUUCGGGUAUGACUUUGGCAAAGCUAUUCAGGGCCACGCUUUUCACUACACGCGGAUAUUAAACCAGCCGCCAAUAAGCCUGCGAACUGCCAUGAUAGGAAUUCAAGCUCAGUAUGAAAGAAAAGGUCAUCGACUUGAAGCAACCAUUAACGCAAUUCUGGAGAAAAACCCCAGGCUAGAAAAGAAAUACAAGCGCCCUGCGCCAGAAACAGAUAGGCUGUUUAAAGCCAAAGUUACACAUGACGCAUGUGGUUGCACAGAUUCCUGUGCCGCUGAACCAUCGAAUUUAGUGUUACGGGGGCCACGGACGGAAAACGAGGAUAACCCUGCCAUCCACUAUGGUAUAAUUGCAUCUGCAAACCAGUUAAUGAAGGACGCAACUAUUCGAGACAAGCUAGCGAAGGAGAAGGCUGUCUUGUGUUUUGAGAUGGAGGCAGCAGGGAUAAUGAAUCCCUUUCCGUGUGUGGUUAUUCGUGGUAUUUGUGACUACGCAGAUUCCCAUAAGAACAAGGAAUGGCAGGGUUACGCAGCAAUGGUGGCUGCUGCGUAUGCAAAAGAUUUGCUCAGUCGGAUACCUCCAAAUAAAGUGGAAGCUGAGAAAAAGAUCACCGACGUCAUGCCUGAUCUCCAUAAAUUAGCAGAGGAGCAUGUUGCUGUUGCUAAACAGCACCUUCAAGUCCACGAAAAUCAAGCUAAAGCAAGACGUAAAGAGAAACUAUCCGAAGAAGAACGAAAGUGUCAUCAGCUUUUCCGCCUCACAACUGGUAGUAAGGACGCUACAUACGAGUGGUAUAAAGAUCGAGUGGAAGAUAGGGUGGAAGAUACGUGCUUAUGGUUCCUACAUCAUGAACACUUCCAACAGUGGUUAAAGCAAGACUCUGGCCCUUUGUUGGUAUCGGCAGAUCCUGGUUGUGGAAAGUCAGUAUUGGCCAAGUACUUAAUCGAUCACGCCCUACCACAAUCGGCCUCUAUAUGCUACUUCUUCUUUAAGGACCAGGACCAGAAUACCACCCGGCAAGCGCUUUGUGCUCUACUUCACCAACUCUUCGAGAAGAAGCCAAUAUUAAUCAGGCACGCUAUGGCACAAUAUCACAAGGAUAGGCAAGGUUUAAUCAACUCCACAGAGUCUCUGUGGAAGGUUCUGCGAGAAGCUAUUAAAGAUCCCCAAGCAGGAUCUGUGAUAAUUGUCCUUGACGCCUUAGACGAAUGUGCCGCAUCAGAGCUUAAGGCCCUAGUACUAAAUGUGGAGAGGCAAUGCCGCAAUCUCAAGUUCGGCCAUAGCAAGUUGAAAUAUCUUCUAACAAGUCGCCCAUAUGCCCAAAUUAUGUCUAAUUUCUAUAGCUUAUUAAAAGCUUUUCCAAAUAUUCGCAUCCCGGGAGAGGAAGAGAAGAGUCUCUCACCAAAGAUUAAGAGCUAUUUAGCGAAAAAACUAUUAGAGACUACUCACCGCACUUAUCUCUGGGUAUAUAUCGUGUUCGACUACUUAGAGAAAGAAACGUUUAAAAAGACGAUAAGGGGAGUUAAGUCAACUAUUGCAUUGCUUCCGGGGACUAUUAAUGAAGCAUAUGAGAAAAUCCUUAGCAAAUCUAACGAAGAUCCAAUGGUUCGGAAAGUCCUAAGUAUUAUCUUAGCAGCGAGUCGUCCGCUAACACUCGCGGAAAUGAACAUUGCCGUGAACUUAGAUGAGACAUCACAGGCCAUUCACGACCUUGACCUCGAGAAUGAAGACGACUUUAAGUCGCGCCUUAGGUCUUGGUGUGGCUUGUUCGUCUCAAUUCACCAUAGCAAGAUUUAUUUCCUUCAUCAGACUGCUCGCGAGUUUCUCCUCGCCGAAUCAUCACUGCGUACAAAUACUCCGUCAGAGCUACACUGGCGUCAUUCCAUUAGUAUGCACCAGGCACAUGCCGUUCUUGCAAAGCUCUGCGUGCUCUAUCUGAGCUUAUUCAACUCCAACGUUAGCCUUCCGAUAGAUCCGACAGCGGAAACCGGCCAUUCCCACAAUAGUUUUCUUAACUACGGCUCCUCCGACGAUAGUUUCAUUACCUCCGACGAUAGUUUUAUUACCUCCGACGAUAGUUUCAUUACCACCUCCCAUGAUAGCUUCCCUGGCGAUGACUUCUUCGACAAUAACUUCUCCGUCGAUAAUCCUGCCUUCUUAGAAUACUCGGCCAAAAAUUGGGCUUCUCAUUUCCGCGAAGCCAAUAUCAUGGACGACGAUGGCAUAAUAUCGUCCGCUUUGGAAAUAUCUGAUCCAAAUUCGGAGAGCUUUUCAGCUUGGUUUGGGAUCUACUGGAAAGCCACACGUAUGCGGACUACCAAGUUUACGAGUCUCAUGGGAGCGUCAUAUUUUGGGCACAAUGUCAUUGUCAAGCUGCUGAUAGACAAAGGCGCCGAUGUCGACUUGAAGGACAGCAGGUAUGGUCGGACGCCGCUCUCGUGGGCCGCUAAGAAUGGUCAUGAAGCUGUCGUCAAGCUGCUACUAUAUAAGGGCGCUAAAGUCGACCCAAUAGACUGCAAAGGUGAGACGCCGCUCUUGUGGGCCACCGAAAAUGGUCAUGAAGCUAUCGUCAAGCUGCUACUAGACGGCGGUGCUAAAACUGACUCAAGGAGUCGGUAUGGUAAGAUGCCGCUCUCAGUGGCCGCUGAGAAUGGUCAUGAAGCCAUGGUCGGACUACUACUAGACAAAGGCGCCGAUGUCGACUUGAAGGACAGCGAGUAUGGUCGGACACCGCUCUUAUCGGCCGCCGAGAAAGGUUAUAACGCCAUCGUCAAGCUACUAAUUGAUAAAGGCGCCGAAGUUAAGUCGGGGGACCGCUACGGUCAGACGCCGCUCUUGUGGGCUGCCGGGAAUGGUCAUGAAGCUAUCGUUAAACUGCUACUAGACAAAGGCGCUAAAGUCAAUUUGGGGGACAGUAAUAGUCAGACGCCGCUCUUAUGGGCCGCCAGGAAUGGUCAUAAAGCUAUCGUUAAACUGUUACUAGAUAGAGGCGCUAAAGUUAAGUCAGGGGAUAUUAAUAGUCGAACGCCGCUCUUAUGGGCCGCCGGGAAUGGUCAUAAAGCUAUCGUUAAGCUGCUACUAGAUAAAGGCGCUAACGUUAAGUUGGGGGACAGCUUCGGUCAGACGCCGCUCUUAUUAGCCGCCGGGAAUGGUCAUAAAGCUAUCGUUAAGCUGCUACUAUAUAAAGGCGCUAACGUUAAGUUGGGGGACAGCUUCGGUCAGACGCCGCUCUUAUUAGCCGCCGAGAAGGGUCAUAAAGCUAUCGUUAAGCUGCUACUAGACAAAGGCGCUAAAGUUAAGUUAGGGGACAGUAAUGGUCAGACGCCGCUCUCGCGAGCCGCUAGGAAUGGUCAUAAAGCUAUCGUUAAGCUGCUACUUGAUAAAGGCGCUAAAGUGGACUCAAGAGACAGUAAUAGUUAG